CUCUCUCUCUCUCUCUCUCUAGAUAUGUUCAUUUUAAGAGGAUUAUUGCAAAGUGGAAGACAAAGCACUUAUCAACAUCAUACUUAGGUCUCUCUGUGCACAUCACAUACACACAAUGCACAUAUCCACAUACACACACAAAUACACACGUACACACUAAUGCAGAGUGCAUUCACUUUGACUCAGUGAGUGUUAAGAUGCAGGAAUAUGAUGUAAUAGUGCUUGGAACUGGACUCAAGGAAUGUGUCAUCUCUGGUUUGAUGUCUCAAAGUGGGAAAAAAGUUCUUCACAUUGACAAAAAUCCUUACUAUGGAGGAGAGAGCGCCUCCAUUUCUCCCCUUGAAGAGCUGUACAGGAAGUUCAAGGUUCCAGGUCCUACGGCCAUGGGCCUUGGGAAAGAGUGGAACAUUGACCUCAUCCCCAAAUUUUUUCUGGGCAAUGGUCAGCUGGUGAAAAUCUUGGUGCACACUGAGGUCACUCGCUAUGUGGACUUCAAGGUUGUUGAAGGCAGCUUUAUAUACAAAGCAGGAAAAGUGCACAGAGUCCCCGCCAAUGAGGAAGAUGCCCAAGCUUCAGACCUGAUGGGCAUGUUUGACAAGAGAAGGUUCAGGAAGCUGCUGCUCUUCGCCCUCAACUUUGACGAGAGAAACCCUCGCACCUACCAAGAUAUGAACCCAAACAAAAUGACCACACGGGACCUUUUCUGCCGCUUCGACCUGGGAUUAGAUGUAAUGGAGUUCACGGGUCACGCCAUUGCCUUACACAGCAGUGACAGUUACCUGGACCAGCCCUGUGUGGAGACCCUCAGACGGAUCAGGUUGUACUCUGAGUCUCUGUCUCGUCACAAAACCAGUCCAUACCUCUACCCAGUGUACGGGCUGGGAGAGCUGCCUCAGGGAUUCGCCAGACUGAACGCGGAGUACGGAGGAACUUUCCUGUUGAACAGACCAGUGGAUGAGAUUGUGAUGGACAACGGCAAAGUUAAAGCUGUGAAAUCUGAGGGGAAGCUGUUCCACUGUAAACAGCUGAUCUGUGAUCCCAGCUAUGUUCCCUCCCGGGUGAGGAAAGUGGGACGUGUCAUACGUGUCAUCUGUUUAUUAAAUCAUCCAGUUAAAAACACCCAAGAGGCCAAUUCAUGUCAAAUCAUCAUCCCGCAAGCUCAACUCAACAGGAAAUCAGAUGUUUACAUAUCUGUCGUGUCCUUCACCCACAAUGUGGCUUCAGAUGGGAUGUACAUCGCCACAGUGAGCACGACCUCAGAGACCAGCAACCCAGAGAAGGAGGUGCAGCCCGGCCUGGAUCUUCUCGAGCCCAUCAUGCAAAAAUUUGUGUCAAUCAGAAACCUGCUAGUUCCCAACGACGAUGGAAAGAAUAGUCAGAUAUUUGUGUCCCGCUCACAUGAUGCAACAAACCACUUUGAGACUGAAAGUGAAGACAUCGUGGAUCUGUACCGUCGUAUCACAGGAGCAGAGCUCUGCAUCGGAGGCUCACAGAGACACCAGUCACAAAACUCUGACGACAUUGACUGACAGAGACAGAGCAGAGGGCAGAGGCUUUUUAGUAUCAUGUAGACUGGAUCGUUUGUGGGAUUUAAAUGUGUGUCUUUUUUCUCCCACUUAAUAUGUUUGGUGUAAAAUCGACCAUUUGUCAAAAUCUAUAAAAUAAUACAAUGUUGACAAAGAUUUGUGAUUAAAAAAUUGUUUUCGAUCAUU